CGUGAAACUGCAACUCCAUCACCAGACCCCAAUUCGGCCCUUCAUCUUUGCGCUCUUCCCGAUUACUUCUGGCUCGAUUACUUCCUGUGAUACGACGACCGCAAUAGACACAAUGCCGCCCAAACAGCGCGUACAAUCCUCAGGCACCGCGCCCACAGCAUCGACACCUACCGCCGCGAGAUCUACCAGAUCCAGCGCUUCUACCAAUGCCGACGCACAAGACAUAGUGCACGGAGUAUGGAGCAAAUAUAUUCAGAAGACUCCCCAACGGACAAAGCUCCUCGACACAUUCAUGGCGUUCCUCGUAGGCGUGGGCGCUCUGCAGUUUCUCUACGUGGUGCUAGUCGGGAACUUUCCUUUCAACGCCUUCCUCUCUGGCUUCAGCGCAACAGUCGGCCAAUUCGUCCUCACAGUCUCGCUACGUAUGCAGACAAACCCUGAGAAUAAGGCAGAUUUUGAGAGUAUCUCACAUGAGCGAUCGUUUGCGGAUUUCGUGUUGGGGUCACUGCUACUGCACUUCUUUUGUGUCAACUUCAUCAACUGAGUACCGAAGGACUCGAGGAGGAGCACAAGAUGAACGGAAUGGGAAGGUCGACUUGAACGACGCCCCGAGAUCUGAAACAUGGUGUACGGCGUAUGGGAUAAAAGGUGUAUCUUUGUGUGAGAUAUCAUCCAAUUAUGCACAUUGGUGCCUAAAAGUCAAAGGGCAUAUCUACCUACAUAAAUGUCAAGCACUAUAACAAAGAAGACCAAGGUUUGGCACGGUACGAUGAUUUAUACCUCUACCCCACUAGCUCGCCAUCAAUCUUCCCCUCAAUAUCAGCA